UUUUGCUUAUGGCCUCAGUGCUGUGCUUUGAAGUUCACCAUCUCCCCCCGGUGCUUAAAAACUUAACCUCCUGCCCUUGCUUGCUGUUUCUGCUCUGCACCUGUCUGGUAUCCUGCAUAUUAAGGAUGGGGUACCCUUGCUGAGCCUGCUUCACUGACUACUACCCUGCACAGUCUUCUGCAGGACCUUCAUUUCCCAGUAGUUCAGCUGCACAUGAGCAGGACAGCAAUGAGAGCCAGUGAGAAGGACUUUGAAAAUGCAGUGAAUCAGUUGAAACUCUUGAAGAAGGAUCCAGGAAAUGAAGUGAAGCUAAAACUCUACGCGCUGUAUAAGCAGGCCACUGAAGGACCUUGUAAUACACCCAAACCAGGCAUGUUGGACUUCAUCAAUAAAACCAAAUGGGAUGCAUGGAGUGCCCUUGGCAGCCUACCCAAGGAAACUGCCAGGCAGAACUAUGUAGAUUUGGUGUCCAGUUUGAGUCCUUCGUCUGAAUCUUCUAGCCAGGUGAAGCCUGCAGCAGCCGAUGAGAAACUACCUGAAUCUGAAAACGUGGUGGUGACCUCUGAAGGUGGCAUCACAAAGAUCAUGUUGAACCGGCCCACCAAAAAAAACGCCAUCACCACUUCGAUGUACAAAGAAAUUAUUCAUGCACUUAAAGUUGCAAGCAUGGAUAACUCAACUAUAACUGUUAUUACAGGAAGUGGCGAUUAUUACAGUAGUGGGAAUGAUCUGACUAACUUCACAGCUGUUUCUCCAGGUGAAAUAGAGGAAUCAGCUAAAAAUGCUGUCAUUUUACUGAGGGAUUUUGUAAAGUCUUUUAUAGAUUUCCCCAAGCCUCUGAUUGCAGUGGUGAAUGGCCCAGCUGUGGGAAUUGUCGUCACCAUUCUCGGGCUAUUUGAUGUCGUGUAUGCAUCUGACAAAGCAACAUUUCAUACUCCAUUUAGUGAACUUGGACAAAGCCCGGAAGGAUGUUCCUCUUACACUUUUCCGAAGAUAAUGGGCCCCACCAAGGCAGCUGAGAUGCUUAUUUUCGGGAAGAAGUUAACAGCAGGAGAGGCAUGUGCUCAAGGCCUCGUUACUGAAGUUUUUCCUGAAAGCACUUUCCAGAAAGAAGUUUGGACCAGGCUGAAAGCAUAUGCAAAGCUCCCACCAAAUUCCUUGAGGAUUUCAAAGGAGUUGAUCAGAAGUACUGAGAAAGAAAAGCUACACGCCAUUAAUGCUGAAGAGUGCACUGUCCUCCAGGGAAGGUGGCUGUCAGAGGAGUGCACGAAUGCCAUCAUGAACUUCGUAUCCAGAAAGUCAAAACUGUGACAACCGCUAACAGCAGAGUUAAGGCCACAGAAGGAAGGGCAAGCACUCUACCGACUGAGCUAUCUCCCCAGCCCCAAAAGUCUUACAUCUUUUGACAUGAAUCGAUGCUGCCAGGAACAGUGGAACAUGGUGCCUGGGAUCCUGCUUUGAAAAGCACUCACAGCUCUACACGCUGAAGUUAUAUCCUUGAACACCACUAUAGCACUUUGACGUCCACACGGGGUGACUGACCGAAUCGGGCCAAACACUGACAGCUUGUGAAUUGCAGACUUGAGGUCCUCCACAGGUUGCAUGUUCUUUUUCAGCCAUCUAGCAAGGGAGCAAAUGGAAGGGACAAGUUACUAGGAAACAAGUAAGAAUCUUAGCUUCUUUUUUUCACAAUUUAAUAAACAGGCAUAAAGGGAGAAGUGGGUUGUUUCAUUGGAAAGCAGUGCUCCUGCUCUAGUGAGCCUGAGGAGCCUCGCUCUUGCCUGCAGUAUAUAAGAGGCACACCUGCAAGCUGCCGUGACUGCCUUUGCACCUCCUGUUUUGAUUCAUGCCAUACUGACAAGGGCUGGAGAUGCAAUUCCACGGGCUACAAAAUCGGCAUGGAAUAUUUUGCUUGUUUAAAUGCUUUUCUUUCAUUUUGAUCUUGCCUUCAAGAAUCAGCUUCCAGGUAGCUAACCCACCAAACCUGUAACUUUUUAAUUCUAAUUUUUCUUUUUUGUCCCAGUAAUACUACAUAAAAUAUCCAGUCUUAUAGAAAAUAUGUGAAUAGAAAUAAUCACUAAUGCUUAUUGGGCACUUAUUAGUGCUUAAUGCUCAUCAUUAUAUUUUAUCACCCAUCCCCAAAAAUGAUGCCAGAAAUUUAAAGUGAGGUAGGUACUGUUGCUUUUACAGUUUUCACUUAUAGACCUAGAAAUUGAAGACAUGGCUUGGAUCUGGAUUGUCCCCCAAGGACUCAUGUCCUUGAUCCCCAGUGCAGCACUGUUAGGAGAUGAGGCCACCUCUAAAAUUGGGAAUGUGAUGGGAUCAUGAGGGCACUGACCCCAUCAGUGGAUUAAUUCAUUGAUGGAUAUUUUGAUGGCGUUAUUGGGAGGUGGUAAAAACUACACAAGACAGGGCUUGGUUGGAGGAAGCAGGUUACUUGGGGCAUGCUAGCUCAUUCCUCUGCCUCUGCUUCCUGGCUGCCAUGAGGUGAGCAAUCUCCUUUGCCACAUGAUCACACCAUCUCGAUAUUCUUUACGCUUUGCCUCAAGCCCAGAAGCAGUGGAACAAGCCAACCUUGGACUGAAACCUCUGAAAUGGUGAUCCAAAAUAAAUCUUUCCUUCUCUGA